CUCGGUCCGAGUCACCCACCGCGCACACACGCACAAGGUGUCCGUCAGCUAGACUCCCAUACACACAUACACAGAUACACUCACUGCUGCCCCUGAUCACCUUCAUCCUCGUCUGCCACCUCUUGCUCCUCAACAACCACCCCGUAGCAGUGCAGGGCCGUGCUGGCAGCCCACACCUCCCUCCCCACCCACACACAACACCCGUACCGCACAUCGUCCCAGUCGCUCGCACGGCGCACAGCAGCUACCUCGUUUCUGAGCAAGUCCCACGCCAUCAUCCCACCACCGUCUGUGCACACAGCCACGCCCUUCUCCGCCCAAUUCGCCCGCAGCCGCAAGACAGGGACGCCACAGGUCUGCUGGCUGAUGAGGGGGGACCUGUGGUGUCGAAGGUCGACGUGGGAGAGGUGGCCCUCGAGUGUGGCGGAUAUGUAUGAGGGCGGCUGGUGGGUGGGUGAGGCGUCGAUCGACGUGUACGAUGGCGGGAUGGCCUGGCGUGUGGGGGAGAGGAGGGUCGUGGGGGUGGGCGACCGGAGGUCGUACAGGUGGACGCUGCCGUCAGACGAAGACGCCACAAACACCUGCAGGCACCAGCAGUGGAAGGAAAUGAGACGACUGUCCUUCCCUUUGAUUGAUGGUCAUUAUGUUCAUUGUGUCAUCUUACCUGCGCCGCACAGAAUGCCAUGUCCGUCGGGAUGGCUCUCGGCCCGCCAUACGGAUGCAGCAGCCUGGGACAUCCGCCUGUUGCCAACUCAUACAAACCAACCUGACACCCAUGUGACGUGUCAAUCAACAGACAGAUCGAUUACAUACAUCUCCACACACAAGCAUUGCAUCUUCCUGGUUGUGUUGUGUCAGUCAUCUCACUCACCUGCGCCUGUCCCCCAACAGUCGUCUCAGCUGAGAUGAACCUGUCGCUAUUGUGCGGCGGGAAGGACACACACGAGAUCAGCUCCAGCUGCUGCUGUUGUUGCUGAUACUGCCGUGGCGACCGCGACGUCGUCUCCUCAAAGCCGCUGUGGAUGACGGCAAAGGUCGAGCUACUGCUGUCCGUGUCGGUGUCGGCGUCAUGUUUGCGCGAGAGUAGCAGAUGGGAGGCGAUGCACGCCUCAGGGUCAACCACACCCACCACUAAAUGGUCGGAUGAACGACCUGCACACACACAGACAGACAGACAGACAGGCAGGCAGACAGAGAGGAAGGAUGUCAUUCGGCACGAGAGCUGUCUGGGUGUGAGCCUUUCGGUGACCUGCAUUUUGGCUGGGUGAGGCGGCAACAGCGACGGCUUUGGGCUCCCUCAGCCCGCUGGCCGUGAUGUGGAUUGUCGACCGCACAUGGGCGUUUCUCACAUCGACGUGCUGCAGGCUGCCGUCGCCAUACGCCAACACCAACUCAUCCAAUGCCUGCAGCAUGAGAAUGGACAAACCAAACCAAACCAAGUCGGAUCGGACAACACUUCAUGUGCAUGCAUCACACAGCCUGGAUCGGAUCCUCGUUGCUUGCCCACCUCUGCUGUGGUAUCAUCGUCCACUCCCCUGGCCACGCACGCCAUCGACAGGAUGGGCUUGGGCUCGCCGUCCUCUCCCUCAGACACGUGGAGCGCCUCGCGAGGGUGGAUCAUGAAACGAUGCGAUCGAUAGGUGGACAGCCCCUCCUCCCGCUCGUAGGCCAUGGCGCUCUCCUCCCUCCUCGUCUCCAUGUGGGGGUGGUGCUCCAACGCCGGCACCACCAGCGGACCAGCACCGCCAUACGCGUCAUACACAGGGGCAUCGAACAAGGCCUCAUCCACCUCCCCCUCUCUGUCUCCCUCGUCAUCGUUUUCUCCCUCUCCCUCUCCCUGGCUCUCCAGCUGUCGUCGAUACUCGAUUGCAUGCGGGUAGAGCGUCCUGUGCAGCAGGGGAUAGGCGUGGAAUACCCACUGCUGGUGGGGCGAAGAGAUGAAGGCCAUCAAGAAGGGGAAGUUGAUGAACUCGCGGACACAUUGCGCGAGGGAGGGCAUGGCGUCGAAGAUUGAGUUGAGCAGGUGGGCAAGGUGGGGCGAGAGGGGGGUGGGGAGGUGGGGUGAAUCGGGCAGCAACGCCUCAAUCACAGCUAGACAGCCUGGGCAGACCAUACAGGGAGAUGAGAAUCAGACACCCACACAUCCUACCUGCCUGCCUGCCUGCCUGCCCAUCCUUGUCACCUCUCAAGUCGAACAGCCUCCAUCUCAGCAUCAGCGCCGCUAUCUUUCCAAGCCGCACAUCGACAGCGGCCGCACCACCAGUCGCCCUCUCCGCCAACUGCACCGCCAGCCCCUCAGCAACGCCGCCCCGCAGCCCCUCCCUCACCGACGCGUCCGCCAUACUCAUAACCUCCCCGAACAGAUCAAUUUGCUCACUGCUGACCGAGCCCUCGUCCAUCAGCAAAGAAAAGACCGAACACGACGCCUCUGCAAUGUCAUCAGCUGAGGCGCCACUGGUCCGAAGGACGUUUCUCAGCCUGCUGGUCGCCCUGGACACAUCGUUUGGGCCUCUGAGGGAACGAAAUACGUCGACGAUGGGAUGAGAAGAGGCCGGGGAUAGCAUGCGGGCGCUACGGCUCGUCGGAACGGCUCUCUGGAGGAAUGACUGUGCCUCAUCUGGAUCAUCGGCAUCGAUUGUCACCCUCAUCGGUGGACAGGAUGAGCUCCUCUGCACCACCAGCGGUGGAUCCAUGC